AUGGCAGUCGCGGCAUCUUCAAGUCUAGUUCCCGAAGCCCAGACUAUCUUGAGUUUCUUCGAUCAACUUAAAGCAUUAUCUCCGUCAGUCGGGUAUGAAAUGAUUAUGAAUAUUUACGAAGACAACAGGAAACUUCAGGGUCGACUGGAUGAGAUGAGCAACAACGUUAAGAAAAAAGAGGUGGCUAUCGACGAGAUGUUUGAAGUCAAUGAAAAGGGGAAAAGCCAGCACCGAGAGACAAUAGCCCAAGUCCAACAACUCGAAAAGGUUAUUCAAGAGAAAGAAAGCCUGGUUGAAAAGCAGAUCCAAGGCCUUCGUGAUCGAGAUACCCAAAUAAAAAAGCUGACAGCUGAAAUCAAGAAACAGGCGGAACACCUGGCGCGAACAAAGCAGGAAUGUGGCACAUUGCAAGGCACAAUUGAGGCCAAAGAUGCGAUCAUCACCGACCUCAAAACAGACAAGGUCAAUCUGAACGAUCGCUUGACAAGGCUAGAGAAACUCAAUUCGGACAUCAAGGAAGCGAGCCAGAACCUAGAAUCUACCCUUGGUGACGUCCAAACCAAACUAUGCCGGGUUGAGGGGUUCACUGUUGGUCAUCUUGAUGUGGAAGAAAACAUCCUGAUAGACCGUUUCACAGGGCUCUGGGAACUCGCCAAAACGAAGUUGAAUGCUGUAUUUGCCGUUGACUUGCCGCCGGAGAGUUUUCAAAACGUUUCUGCAUGGUCCAAACUGAGGGAGUCUCACCUUGCUCGUACUCAUCGAAUUCCUUUGCCAUGUUCCAAUUCUCAAGCAGCGAAACAGAUCCGAUCAGCAUUAGUUCUCGCCAUUCUCGCUAGAGAGAUUGACCAGCAUGUGUUCCAGCCCGUAUAUAUCCUGCCUACGGACCCACGCAUACGGCAAACUCUCAAAUAUCUCGCUAGGACUGACUUUGAGAAAGAAACGUUCUGUCGCUCUCUAAUGCAAUCUAUCAAUUCAGAUCUGCAGGAGAAGUCGCUCCAGACCAUUAUAAAAAAUGUUGUUGGCAAUGUACUGUGUUACAUCGAUGACAUACUCCCUGACACGCAACGCGCUUCACUUUACUCGGAGAUAGAAGUAAUAGUACGGAAGGCUGCCGAAGUCUGGCAGCUAAUCAGACGUUCCAAGCGAAUGUAUGAGCCCGACUUUGACCCGCCCGAGUCCGAUGAGGACUGGAUCGCUUUCGACGCGCCUGAUAAAGAACGAUCAGCAUCAGGUAGCAAGCACAAUCCUCGAGAGUCCGAUACUCUGACAGUGUUCCCUCGUCUCUCUUCCAUCGAGAACAACAAUGUGAUCGAUUAUUCGGUUGUGAUCCAGCUGGCCAGCUCUUCACCUUUUCUUUCGAAGGCGCGGAGCGAGAUCAAGCGAGAACCAUCCAGUCCUAGUGUCGUUCGGGUGGUGGCCAAGGCUUGGCGAAAUCGGUCUGUCACCUCCAAGGAUACAAAUGUACGCCAGUCUUUGGAGCUUGCGAACGGCCAUGACAAGGUCAAUGGCAAAUGA